AUGGCCAGCAUCAAUAUCAAUACUGUUAAUAUCGAACAACAGGGUUUCUGUCUAUGCUGUAAAUAACUAACUGCCAAUGGAACUAUCCUAUAAAUUUAGAAUUUUAAUGAUUCUCUCUACACUCAACUUUAAGAAAACAGUUGGCGCAAAUCAGGCCAAUUAUUCUACCAUUCCAAUCCCAAAAGUUGUUGCCAACAAAUCGUCUGCAAAGUCCCUAUUUGCCAAUACGCUUCCCCUAAAAGGUGUUUAAAAGCAUUGAGUAAGUUGACUUAAGAAUAUUUCGAUGUCGAACCAAUUAAAUAAUCUAUAUUUAGCAAUUUAUUAUAAUACGUCGAUAUGUCCCGUCCUACUCCAUAGACCUUAUAAACUAAGUAGGCCUUCCAACACUAUUUACUAACAUUGGCAAAACGAUUGAAUUAUACAUCUAUAACCAAAUGUGGAUUUAAAAAUAAUUUACAUGAUGAACUCAACAAACACGUUUAAUCAUUAAAUAAUGAGUUGCAUAUGGAAGUCAAAGUUGACAAAAAAAAUUAUUUACAUUUUAAAUGGCCCAGUGGCUUUGUAGCUUUGUUAAGAAAAUCAAAAAGGAGUAGUUUAAAUGUGAUUACCAAACAAGCCACUUAUGAUGAAGAAGCACACCAUUUAUUCAAUGAAAACUAUGUUCAGUUUUCAAAGUAAAGUUACGAAAAAAUGUUUUGUGAUUCCCAAUCUCAAAUGAUCAAAUAUUAUGCUAAUUCUCAACUGGCAGCUGUCAGCUUUGUCGAAUUCAGAUCGAACUCAUUCCAUAGAUUGAGUUUUCAUUACACACAACAAAUCAAAGAAAUUAAUAGAAUUGCUAUAGAUUAUGAAAUUAAAUGGGCACAAGAAUUAAAUUUAACUAAUUAUUAUUAUGUCAAAAAAAGCAGGAUUACAACAAAUCAGGACUAAGCGAUCAAGGACACUAUUGAUGAGAAUUUUCCUAUAUUCAGAGGAUCUAAAAUGAUUUAGAUCAAAUAACUAAGAUCUGUUUAUUAAAAGUAUCUUAUUGAACUACUUACUAAAAUGAACUCAAUUAUGGGUCCAUAAUUAUUUAAAGUUUUUAUAUUUAAAUAUGAAUGA